AUGUCACUUUCGACAAAACACGUUGCGAAGAUUGAAGGGGAUAUUACCCUCGGUGGAUUAUUCAUCGUACACGAGCGAUCGGACAAAUAUACUUGCGGGGGAGUUAGACAGAAUGGUAUACAGGCACUGGAAAUGAUGCUGUACACCAUCACAAAAAUAAAUAAUGAUUCCACUUUGUUACCCGGAAUUGAUUUAGGUGCUCAUUUGGUGGAUAGCUGUGAUAGUGACGCACGCGCCUUGGAGGAGGCGGUCGAUUUUAUUCGGGGUGCGAGCACGCUUGGCAGUGAAGGGCAAUGCGUGUGUUCUGAUGGGUCCGUCCAAGACCAGGUUACAAUAUCCGGGGUAGUUGGUGCGUCCUCUAGCGUCGUAUCUGUGCAAAUUGCCAACCUAUUGAGAUUAUUCAGGAUACCUCAGAUUAGUUAUUGGUCCACCAGUCCAGAGCUGAGCAAUAAAGAGAGAUUCGAAUAUUUUUUACGCACAGUGCCGUCAGACAUAUAUCAAGCCAAGGCCAUAAUAGAUUUAGUAGAGUUUUUUAAUUGGACUUAUAUAUCCGUUGUGUACGAGGACUCUAAUUAUGGUAGCAAUGGUUUUGCCGAAGUAGAAGAAGAGGCGAAGGCGAGGGAUAUCUGCAUUGCUAUCUCAGAGAAGAUCCCCCGCGACAAGAAACUAGCGACAGAUGCCGAUUUUGAUAAAAUAAUAAUGAAUUUGAGGAAAAAGCGGAACGCGAAAGCUGUUGUCGUGUUUGCACUGGAGCAAGAUGUCAAACCUCUUAUGCAAGCCGCUAAACGAGCCAAGACAGCCGGCGAAUUCGUCUGGAUCGGGAGCGACGGCUGGAGCGGAAAUAAAGAUGUCGUACGCGACCGUGAAGAGUACGUUGAGGGCGCAAUAGCAUUUAGCCCUCUGUAUUCAAUUGUUCACGAAUUUGAUGAACAUUUUGUAAAAUUAACACCAUCAUCGAACGAAAGAAACCCGUGGUUUGAAGAGUACUGGGAGGAUAUAUUUCAGUGCAGACUGCCGGGAAACUUAGAGAGCAAGUUUAAUGCUGGUAUGCCCCUAUGUAAUGCCAAUUUCACGUUGCAGGAACAUGGGAGAUAUGAACAAACUUCUCCCAAGAUGCAAUUCGUUGCUGAUGCGGUUCUAGCAUUCGCGCAUGCGUUCAAUGAUAUUCAACGGAAAUUCUGCGGAGAGGAUUAUUAUGGCAUGUGCCCUCUGAUGAAACAGAUGACUGGUGCGCAGAUAUUGGAGAACUUGAAAAAAGUAUCAUUCACAGGUAUCAACAAACACGAUUUCGAGUUCCAACAAAAUGGCGACGGACCAGCCAGAUAUAAAAUAUUCAACUUUUUGCAAGUAGCUCCUGGAGAUUUCCGCUGGUCUGAAGUGGGGAAGUAUGAAAACAGCCACCUCUACCUCAACUCCGAUAAAAUUCAGUUCACCAUUUCUCAGCCUAACUACCCGGAUUCGAUCUGUAGUCAGCCGUGCCCUAGAGGGCACGUUAAGUUAAUACAAGAAGGAGACGUCUGUUGCUGGGUGUGCACGGAAUGUAACAAGUAUCAAUAUUUGAUGAACGAAUUCACGUGUUACGAUUGUCCAAUCGGAACUCUUCCUAACUACGCCCGAGAUGGAUGCAUCGACUCACCAGAGGAAUAUGUUACGUACGACAGUUCAUGGGGAAUCGGUGUACUGUGUUUUGCCACCGCUGGCGUCAUUGUUACAUCUCUCGUUAUCGUGGUGUUUAUCAAGAACAACGACACGCCGAUCGUCAAAGCUUCCGGGCGUGAGCUGACGUACGUACUUCUUGUGGGGAUCUUUUUGAGCUACGUCAUCAGUUUUGUCGUGGUUGCAAAACCCUCCGUGGCAACGUGUGCUGCAACCAAAUUCGGAAUCGGGUUCUGUUUCACAUUAUGCUAUGCGGCCAUGUUAACAAAGACUAAUCGCAUUGCCAGAAUAUUCGACAGAGCGAAAUCGUCGGUGAAAAACACAAAAUAUAUCAGCCCCACUUCGCAACUUGUAAUAUGCACAUGUAUCAUGUGCGUCGAGUUUGUUGUUCUAGGAGCCUGGUUUGCGUUUCAACCCCCUAGGACUACGUAUCACCACCCUGUACGGGAAAAGAACGAAUUGACGUGCUCAGGUGCCACGGACGCCACCUAUCUCAUAGGGUUGAUGUACCCUUUCUUUUUAAUGGUCUUCUGUACCGUCUAUGCAUUCAAAACACGAAACUGUCCGGAGGGAUUUAACGAAGCUAAAUACAUUGGAUUCAGCAUGUACACCACAUGCGUGAUAUGGCUGUCGUUUGUACCUAUUUAUUUUGUUAGUUCACGCAACGUGGCCUUACGAGUGACCACAUUAAGCGUGUCUGUUGGACUAUGUGCAACCGUAAUACUCUGCUGUAUCUUUGCUCCAAAACUCUAUAUUAUUUUAAUACGACCAGAUCGCAAUACCAGGGGCUGUGUGAUGGGCAGUGAUGGGGGUACAUCAAUUGGCAUCCAGACAAGGAGAACCUUCUCCGAAGUGGUCAGACAUACGAUACAAACUGAGCCUUUCAAAAACUUGGAGAAAGAUACAACGAAAACUAAUAACUUUGUAGAUGCUGCAACAGAGCCCCUGACGUCAUCAACAACGGUGUAGUAAUGACAUCAGCAUUAAUAUAGUGACGUCAUUAACACCAGUGUAGUGACGUCAUCAACAGUACAUGGAAUCAAGGGAUCUUGUUUGGCAUAUAAAGCAACGCAUCGAUUGACUUCCAGCUGGCAUUCCACAACAAAGUACAUAAUAAACAACAAUCACAUAACUUUGAAAUGAAAUAGUUUGGAGAGGAAUGAAUGAAACAU